UUUUUUUUCGGAUGACCGAUCCGGAUCGUCUCAACCAAAUUCUACAAGAUCAACCAUACAUUGAAGGGUUCGUGCAACCAUCGGCCGCCGAUUUCUCUGCGAGAGCUUCGAUAACAGAAAAAGAAUUGAAAGGGCGAGAGCAUUUGGAACGCUGGUUUCAGCAUUUAUCAUCUUUUGAAAUGACUGCUGAAACUGAUGUCCGAUCAACGGAGAACCUACCCCAACAAAUCCUCGAUUUCCUUCAAGAAUCGAAUGAAUUCAACUCAAUUCAACUCGCCCAGCAAUGGAAUCUCGAUCAUCAGAAAGUGAUUGGAGCAAUCAAAAGUUUGCUUGCAAACGAAGGGGUUCUUACCACCAAAGAUGUGACCGAGAAACGGCUGGAAUUAACUAACGAGGGAGUACAGUUUGCUAACGAAGGUUCGCCGGAGUACCUCGUUUUUGAGUUUGUUGGAACUGAUGGAGCCGCGCAAGCUGACAUUCAGAAGAAACCAUUUGGAAAAAUUGGUAUGGCGAAAGCUAUGCAGUUCAAAUGGGUUUCUGUGGAUAAGGGACGUGUCGUCCGACAAGCCACUGAAGUAACUGAUUCCACCAGAAAACAGCUCGAGUCGUUAAGAAUUGGAAGUUCCGAUGUUAGUGAAAAUGAGAAGAAGGAGCUGAAGAAGAGAAAGCUUAUCAGUGAAGUAAACAUCAAAGCAUUGGUGGUUUCCAAGGGAACAUCUUUCACCACUAGUCUUGCAAAGCAGGAAGCUGAUUUGACUCCGGAAAUGAUUGCUUCUGGUUCAUGGAAAGACAUGCAAUUCAAAAAGUAUAAUUUCGAUUCACUCGGAGUUGUUCCGUCAUCUGGGCAUCUGCAUCCAUUAAUGAAAGUGCGGUCUGAAUUCCGACAAAUCUUCUUCUCAAUGGGAUUUUCUGAAAUGGCGACAAAUCGAUACGUGGAGUCGUCUUUCUGGAACUUUGAUGCCCUUUUCCAACCUCAACAGCAUCCUGCAAGAGAUGCUCAUGAUACUUUCUUCGUUUCUGAUCCCGCGAUUAGCACGAAGUUCCCUGAAGAUUAUUUGGAGAGAGUAAAAACUGUUCAUUCGAAAGGGGGAUAUGGUUCCGCUGGAUAUAACUACGACUGGAAGAUUGAAGAGGCUCAGAAGAAUGUUCUUAGAACCCAUACAACCGCCGUAUCUGCUCGGCAGUUGUACCAGCUAGCUCAGGAAGGUUUCCGUCCAUCUAAACUAUUCUCGAUUGACCGUGUUUUUCGUAAUGAGACUCUCGACGCUACACAUUUGGCCGAGUUCCAUCAAGUAGAAGGAGUAAUUGCUGAGAAAAAUCUCAGUUUGGCUCAUCUUAUCGGAAUCUUCACCGAGUUCUUCAAGAAAUUGGGAAUCACCAAUCUUCGUUUCAAGCCAACAUACAAUCCAUAUACCGAGCCGAGUAUGGAAAUUUUCGCGUACCAUCAAGGACUUACUAAAUGGGUGGAGAUUGGAAACUCUGGAAUGUUCCGCCCUGAAAUGCUUCUGCCGAUGGGUUUGCCAGCUGAUGUGAAUGUCGCUGGUUAUGGUUUGUCCCUGGAGCGCCCGACAAUGAUUAAGUAUGGAAUUAACAACAUUCGUGAUCUUUUCGGAAGCAAAAUCGAUUUGAAUGUGGUCUACAAUAAUCCAAUCUGUAGACUCGACAAGUAACUUAUUUAAUCCUUUUUUUUGUUUUUGAAAUUUCCGGUUAUCAUAUCCUCUAAAUAUAUUGCUUCUCCUUUUUAAUUAUUUGGAAAUUGUUGGGUUUUCCUUUCUCGUUUUUGUUGUAGCCGAAAAUUAUUAUAAUGAAAAUGCUUGUUUUAUA